AUACUUUGGUAUAGAGAAGUUACAGCAGUUGGUAACACUGGCCAGAGCUCGUCAAUUGUUUCGCCAGUUUCGCGGCUCCAUCAGAGGAAAUUUUGUAGACCCAGUAACUAAAUUUGAGUGCGAAGUAAGCCUCUUCACUUCGAAUAAUUUUAAUGCUCGUUUUCGGAAUAAUCUGAGUGCUGCGUGUUGAAAUAAAAAAAAAAUAAUUCAUAAAAGCAUUCGAAAAUGUAAACGAAAAGCGCACGUUUGAAGCACAAGCAAAAAAAAAAAAAAAACGAAAUAAAAUACGAUAGCAUAUCGUGUCGGUGUGUGUAAAUAAAGUGUAUUUAAAUGUAAAACGUAACAAAAAAAAAAAAAAAAACAACAAAAAAAUAACUACGAGUUCGAGAUAUUCUGCAAACUUGAAGUGCGACAAACUUGAAAACGACAGCGGCAACUGAAAACGCUUUGCAACAAUGCUGCACAAUAAUCGCGACAUUGCAGAGCAAAACACAACAAAAGCCACAGCUACCCUAUCCACAACAACAACAGCAACAACAGAAGGCAAUGGAACGGAGCCAACAAUUGCCACGCACCUUGCAACCACAUCUGCUGCAGCAGCAGAAACAUCAGCUGGCGUAAAGGAAACAAGUGCAACAGCUGAGGGUCAAACGGCGACGGCCAGAACAACACCAACAGCAGCUGUGGCAGAGCGAACGGAAUUAGCACAAACAGCUGAUGCUGCUGCUGCGCCGACCGUUGAUUCGACUGCUGCUGCUACUGAAGCGACCGCAUUCGAUGCUCAGAUGCGAACGCAGCAACGGCACAAGAUCAAGAUAUACCACGAUGCCAAGCAGACGGCCGUGUGGCGCACCGAUUCGCUGGCCUCCAAUCCCAACUCGACCAUGUGCCCGGAUUUCGUCAGUUCGGGAUCAGGAGGAGCGGGCGGUGGAGGCACUGGUCCACUUGGCCUGCCUCCUAGGGGCAUCAUCCUGUCGACGGCGCCCAGUCUCCUGCAGCGAAAAUCAUCGGACAGCUCGCUCACCUCGUCCAUUGCGCGACGCGUCUCUUUUCCGGAUAACCAACUGGUCACCGGUUACCUGGAGCCGGCCAAUCCUUGGAAGCAAGUAUACCUUGUAAAGAGCAGUUCCGAGAUUGUCGAUCAGUAUCAGCAGUCGUGUAAAAAGCAUAACACCAUGCCAUUAGAGAGCGUAGUGGAUCACCUAAAGGCGCUGGAUCUGAACCAAGCGCGGCAGCCUUUACUUCCCCUUAAAGGGAAAGAGCUAACCGCCAACGAUUGCGAAGCCCUCGAGGAGAUUUUCAAACGGAUACAAUACAAAUGCAUCGAUCUGUCCGACUGCACGCUGGACGAGAGCUGCUUGAUGGCCCUCUUUCAAAUGAUCGAAUACUAUGAAGCUGCCAAUGAACUGGACAUUUCCUACAACAAGGUGGAGAUGACGAAGCGCUGCUGGGAACUGUGUGCUUACAUGGUGGAGCGCAGCCAAGAGCUGCAGCUACUCAACGCGGAGAGCAAUCAGAUAACAAAGUUGGGUGCCGACAGUCUUGGGCGGGCCCUCGGUUCUGCCAACCUGCACACAUUAAAGCUGGAGCACUGCGGUCUUAGGGGACAGCCACUCGUCCAUUUAUGCCGAGGUCUCUAUCAAAACAAAAUGCUCAAGGAGCUGUGGGUGGGCUACAACGACUUGGACUGUGUAGAUGCCCAGCACAUAGCAGACAUGCUGCGCUAUAACCAUAGCUUGGAGCUAAUUGACAUUAGCAAUAACAACAUAAGGAACGAGGGCGUCAUGUACCUCGUACAAGCCUUAAUACUCCAGUCCACCGAGCUGGAGCGACGAAUGGGUGCCUUGAAGCGCACCCGUGCCAUUGAGGUGGACGAGUGCGUGUCUCCUGUGGAAACGGAUCCCCCGGAAACCAUUCCCACAUCCUUUAGCUCUGUCACCAAUCAAACGAAAGACGUCGUCGAUGGUGAGUCUCCUGCGCACGAAGCCACUAUUCCCGAGACUACGUCGGAGGAGACGACAUCUACCGAUCCAGCGGUAGGUGUCCUUGUGGACUUAGAUAAUGAUAACGACGACGAAAACACGGAGGACACCGUUCGUACUGUCAGAAACUGCAACCAAAACGGAAGCGGUCAGUCGAUGCUGGACAAGCUGCUCUCCAUGAAUAGCGAAAGCAGCAGCGAAGAGGCGCCCUCAAACAUAUCCACCGACACCCUGGCAGCCUGCUGCUCCGAGGACAUCAGCGAAAUCAGCAACGAGAUUUAUGAACCCAACACCGUCAAGCAGACUCCAGCAGAAGGCGAAGUCGCUCCGGCCAUGAUCUCAUCCAACCCGAUGGAGUCAGAAACGGUAGCUGUUGCAAGUGCAACUGUGGAGCCGCUGUCUCCAGCGCACCAACAACAGCAAUGUUCUCAAAACGAACGCAACUUAUGUGAUAUUACUCUCUCAACAGAGGCUAAAACCGUUGAACCCAAUGAAUCCUGUGUACAGAACAACAUCAUAAACAACAACAAUAAUAACAAUGCUAACAAUUCCCACAACAAUACCAAUAAUAAUACAAUUCAAUUGCCAUCGGAAGCAGGAGCAUCAGCAACCAUUUCAGUCGUACCACCGCCACUGGAUAUCGAAAACAUUCCUAGUGGUUCCUCGCCGGCGGCAAUUUUUGAAGUCACGGCCGAGGAAAGCGACUGUAUCAAUGGCAGUGCUGUGGCGGGGGCUGCUGGCUCUCGUCCACUGGAUGUAAACAAAAACGCCAAGGCUGGUGACGACUUUGAGGACACGCACAGCACGGACUCGGCGUUCGAGAGCGCAUCUGAAGGCGACAUAAGUCGCCAUCUGCCUGACGAGUUUAGCCGCCUUUCGGUGUUACUGGAUAGCACCCGGCUGGAUGACAUGACAAAAGAGAUGUGUGGCAUAGAGACGGCUACCAUAGCCACGGAGUCCACCGAGUGCCUUCUUGCCGCCCAGGAGGCAGCGACGCUCACAUCUGCGCCAGUAGUCCCCGCGUUGGACAAACUUGAAGAUGCAUUCCCGCCCCCAAAAGUAACCAUCGCCGAGGAGUGUCUCCUGAAGGAUAAAGAACUGAGCCCCAGUUCCUACCCGUCUCCCAGUCCUGCGCCCACGCCUCCACCACCGUCCACGUCGCCGGGAGGAGCAAGCCUUGGCUUAAGACGCACGGAGUCCAGUUGUGCAUAUCUUAAUCAGUCCAGCCGCAACCGAUCGCAGAGCUCCGACAGCCUGUGCAGCGAGACUUCGCUCGACGGCAUGAGUAGCGGAGCCAGUAACAACAGUGUCAGCUCUACCGCCUCCGCUGAUCCCAAGUUUGCGGAAAAGCUAACUAAAAAUGACACACUUUCGCGCCGGCAGCUGGCCGAGGCUAACCUGGAAGCCAACCGAUCGCCUAGCGGACUGAAGGCUCUUACUUUGUGGAAUAAUAACUUAAGCAAGGAUUGCGCCCCUGCUGUGGCUGAGUUGCUGCAGAAGACCAUUUCGCUGGAACUGCUUAAUAUUGGCAAGAAUUGUCUCUCCGAUGAGUUCCUUUUAACCAUAAAGGACAAAUUGACGAAAAACACCACUCUGACAACGUUGGGGCUACAGAGUGCCCAUCUAAACGCCAAGGGGAUUGAGACGUUGGCCUCAAUCCUCACCUUUGGUGGCAACAGCAAGCUCCAGCGUAUUGACAUUCGCGACAAUAAACUAGAGGUGGAAAGUCUGAAUAUAAUCGCCGAGGUGCUCAAAUCCAAUAAGACGCUCACGCAGAUCGACAUUAACGAUGAGCCAAAACGACUGACGUUGCCCAUAGUGCCGAUAGUAAAUGUUAUACCGCCAUCGCCUUUGCCCCAGGAGAGCAUCGGCAGCGAUGCGCACUUGGAUUACACAAGGGUGCUGGGCACCGUUCGCUCCCUGUGCUCGCGAAAUGAGAAGCGGCAAGCACAGGAGCUGGCGGAGAAGACGGCGAACAUGGUUGGCGGCGGCAGCAAUGUGGGAGGCAGCCUUCCGGGCAUACGGUGUCGCGGCAGUUACUACUUGGGUUCGCGGAAGAUCUCGUUGACCUGCCACAGUCGCCCUUUUGUAGAUGCGGCUACUGGCACGGUGACUGCAACGUCAACCGCGACCGCUGCAGCAACCGCCCUGCCCACACCGACUGCCCUGUUGGAGGUAAAGCGUGGACCUCGUCUCCGCUCCCCGGGACCAAGUCCGCCCACUAUAUCGCCGUCGUCCUCGCCGAACCGCAGCCGCUUUCAAGUUUCGCGCGUGUUAGAAGUGGCCAGUCCACUGAUCUCGCCGCUGGCCCAGCAUCCGCCCCCGCACCCGCCGCGCUCGGCCAGCAGCUGCAUGUCCAUACCCACCAUUGGAUCGCCCAGUGGCAGUCAGAACAGUCUCAAUGCCGUUGGGGCCCUGCCGACCUCUAGUUCUCUGCCCGCCAUGGCAUCUGUUACCUCCUCGACGCAGACGAUCAAGCGGCUGUCGGUGUCACCCAGGUCUCGCUUCCAAGUGUCUCGCAUCUACGAGGAUCCCCAGGUGCCGAUCGCCAACCGGCAGUUGCCACCGAUUACGCCACAUACGCCACCAAUUGAUCUACCACCCACCCCUAUGCUGAAAUCGGCAAGGAAGGCGGUCCUGCUGUCCGAGGCGGUGGAGGCGGCAGCUGCUGCCGUGCCAGUAAGCAGUGUGGUUAUUGUAGAGUCCGGCGAUAACACAGACGCACACAUAAGUACAAAAGCCGUAGAGGUAGCCGGGCAAAAGGUUUCUCCGCACCUGACCAUAUCACCCACCUCAAGUCAUUCAAGCUCAACCUCGCCGGGAAGCAGCAGCAGCAGCAGCGGGAGCAGUAGUACUAGCAAUGGAAGCACGUCAGCUUCCACCGACGUUACAGACUCUGUAGUUUCUGGCCCUGAAGUUUCACAAAGGAUCUGUCCCAUUGUCGUAUUCAGCGAUAAUGACAUCACGUUGACCAAGGAAUCGGCCGGCGUGGUUGCUCUCUCUGCUGCUGCUGCGGCGAGCAAUACGAAUACUGUUUUGAAAAGUGAGCCAGAGCCGCUGCCGCCUUCCGAGCCCGUCAGCAACGCGCCACCGACGCGUACCCGGAAAACAUCGUGGAUAGCCAAUCCGUCGGCGGUAGACAAGCUGCUUACAAUAUUCAACAUUGGCUCGUCGCCGGAACCUAAGGCCAGUCAAAUAAGCCACCUGCCCGCGUCCAACACGAUCACAAACAGCUCACAGAAUGCUCCAGCGACAAGCGUCGUAGGAGGCGACACCAGUUCUACCACCAAUCCAAAUCCAAUUCUUUCGGUUGCGCGAAAAACUGCUCCUGCAUCGUGGGCCUCUCUGACCGGUAGCAACAUCUCCAACGCCAGCCAAAAUACGUCCUCAGGCACGGAGACGGGAAGUUCUUCCUUUCUCGACGCAGCCUCCAGACAGCUGAGGGAUUUCAGCAAGCAAGUCUUUCGCCAGAACAUCUCCUUCAACAACAGCGGUGAACAGGCAGCGUCCAGUGCACCUCCUCAAAGUGAAUUGAGCACGGGGACGUCCGCGUCCAGCAGCACAGAAUCGCCAUCCCCGCCGGAGUGCAAUACAGCGUACAUCCCGCUCAGCCUGAAGCGUCAGCUAAAGGAAAACAUUUCGCCGGAGCACACGAUCAAUGAGGAAACGCUUCACACGCUACAGAAGCUAUCGAGGGCAGAGGAUGUGGCGCUAAAGGCGGAGGAUGUCCCCGAACUGGGCGAUAUUGAAAUCGUAAUGCACAGCGAGGUAGCCGAUUGCGUUCUGCCAGAGGAUAAACAGCAAGAGCAGGAGGAAACAUCUACAAAUAUCGUUUAAAGGGCCCUAGGAUCAACUAAAUAUAUUUGGUGCGUAAAUACAUGGAAAUGCGUAAUGCGUAACUACAUGGAAAGCAAAAUGAUGCGAAAUGUGAAAACACACAACUUAAACGAUUAAAUCUAACACCCACCCAGCAUUCCCAUGGCUCUCCUUCGUACUGUACCCCACCCGCCUUGAAAAAUGGUUAGGAAGUCAAGGUUGAUAAUGAUAAUGAAAAUUUGGGUGUCCCCCCAACUCAACAAAAUAUGAUGAAGUACACAAGUUAUUACUAACUUUGUUUUAUUUUUGGUUAAAUUCAUUUUAAGUUUUAUAACACAAGAAAAUAUAAAUAUAUUUUAAUUAUACUUAUGGCAUACGAAUGCAAAUCUAAUGCUCAAUAUUCACUUCAAGAAAAUUGCACGCGAAAUUAAGAACUUAUGGUUUGUUAUUUUUCGUGACCCUUUUCUGAAGUGAGUACUGACCCAAAAACGGAUAUACUUUAAUGAAUGUAAAAUGUAAAAACAACAUUUUAAAUGUACACACAUAUACAUAUAUUUAAACCAUAAAAACCUAUCGAAACACCAUUUGGCUUAGUGUGCCGUUAAUAGCUGACUCUUAAAAAGUUGAAUAGGUAUAGGGAGCGAAAAUCGUGUGGAUGAAAAUUUGUACUUACCGUUUCAAAUGAAUACUUAAUGAAAAUUAACCAUAAUCAGAAUACAGCCACCGGAAACACAUUGUUACUUAAGUUAAUAUUUACUAUACGAAAAGCACUAUUGUUACCAUUUAUUAAGGGAAAUUCUCCCACCAUAGGAUUACUUAACACCUAUGUAUAGUGCAAUUUUUCUAUUUUUUUUAUUCCUUCCCGCUUUCUCAACUCAAAUCUUAAGUGCUAACUAGAUCGGAUCAACUGAAGUAUUAUGAAUUGGAACAACUUUCAAAACAAAAGCAUACUUAAAUUAGGUACUUAAUCAGCUUACGAAUUGCCACUAAUUUUGUAAUUAGCCCACCAGCCAACCAUAAAACAGAAGGAAGUCUUAAGUUCAAUGACAUUGUGCAAUUAAUCGUACAUUCUUAUUUUACAACCCAAAACUUAACAACGGAAAUGAAGCGCAAACGAAAACAAAAGUACCCAAAAUAAAUCCAAUUGAUCUCAUUAUGUGAUAUUUGUCGUAGUGCCCAAAGCGUUCACUGUACGUGUAUCUAUAACCAAACCAUAUGAGUUAAGUACAGGGAGUGUACAUUCGAACACUUUUGCUAUAAGUAAACUUGCUCAAGUCAUCCCCAUCAACACCAAUGUGUUCCCAGCACCGUGCAACUUUUUAAAAUGUCAGCCUUUAAUGGACCUACCUAAACGUUAUUGAUACAAUUUAAAUGCAACACACACAUAGAGAUAUAUAUAUAUAUAAUAACAUGUAAACAUAUUUUGAUUCAUGGAAGAUCUUGUAAAUACCGCGUGUGUACUCUCUAUUGGAAAAAGGGGAGUCUAGACGAAGCUACACCGAGCUCUGAUAUAUUUUUUUUGCUCUUUGUUAACGAUUUUUGUUUUUGUUUACCAUUUUAUUGUUUAAUACAUUAAGUGUAACAAUAUGGAUAUGUGUAUAUAUCUAUAUAUUACGUACGUAUUUAAGUAGUCAAAAGCAAACCAAUUUUUCAAAUAUUUUCCAAAACGUACCAAUCGAAAAUGCUUCAGCGUGUCUUCUUCAGUUAAGUGGAAUUACUUAAAAAAUGUACUGUACUUAAUUUACAAAUGGAUGAUAUUUCUGGUGCUUACCGGUCGCUAGAAGUUUGCCUUAAACUAGAACCCUUUCUUUGGCCAUCUGAAUUCACCACCAAGCCAAUUGGAUAAUUUGUUUACUCUUGAUCCGAAAUUUGUUUUUUGUCAAUAGCUAUGAUUUUGUUUAACAUUGGCAAGUUUAGUACCUAUUUACAUAAAAUAAGUUUAUGAAUUAGAAAAAAACUACUAAACCUAAAAAUUUAUUGAAUAAACAUGAAAGUUGUAAUGAAACUACA